GUGUACUUUGACUCCGCCGCGUACAAGCCGACUCCUCUUUGCCACGUUUCACUAAAUGACGUAAUCUCUCCCGGGGCUUGACAGUUCGCUGUUGCGGUAACGACACACACACACACACGGCGAGAGGGCGAGAGCGGGUCCGGUUAUAGCUGGACGUUUACUCACAUUCACUGUUUAUUCGCUUUAGUUUUCCGUUUGUAGAGCGAGACAAAGGUCUGUCUGAAAAGACGAGGCGUCCGUAAAGAAGUGUUUAGAGUUAUUCCCGACUCGGCUAACCAGCUGGCUAAUGUUAGCUGUUUCCUGGUUGGAGCUGCAGCCAUUUUGGACAGACACACAGCUAGCCGGCUAGCCGCCGCUCCCGUCUUCACGACCAAACAGCUGCGGUUCAUCCACACAGCGGGGAAAGGAGACGUUUCACGAGAGGGGACACGCCGUACAACGAGUCCACAAUGAAUCCCGAAUACGACUAUUUAUUCAAGCUGCUCCUGAUUGGUGACUCUGGUGUUGGAAAGUCUUGCCUACUUCUCCGAUUUGCAGAUGAUACAUACACAGAAAGUUACAUUAGCACUAUCGGCGUGGACUUCAAAAUACGAACCAUAGAACUGGACGGAAAGACCAUUAAACUUCAGAUUUGGGACACGGCGGGUCAGGAGAGGUUUCGUACAAUCACGUCCAGCUACUACAGAGGUGCUCAUGGUAUCAUAGUAGUGUAUGAUGUCACAGACCAGGAGUCCUUCAACAAUGUCAAACAGUGGCUGCAGGAGAUUGAUCGCUAUGCCAGUGAAAAUGUCAACAAGCUAUUGGUUGGGAACAAGUGUGAUCUGACGACAAAGAAGGUGGUGGAUUACACAACAGCAAAGGAGUUUGCAGACUCUCUGGGCAUCCCCUUUUUGGAAACCAGUGCCAAGAACGCCACCAAUGUGGAGCAGGCCUUCAUGACCAUGGCUGCUGAAAUCAAGAAGAGGAUGGGCCCAGGGGCCACAGCUGGAGGAGGAGAGAAGCCCAACGUGAAGCUGACCCCUGGCACUACUGUCAAGCCUUCAUCAGGAGGAUGCUGCUGAGAGAGAAACCACUUCCACUUUGACACCCCGCCCUCUUACUCUGCAGGCCCGUCAGCCUGGCCAUCAUCCAACCCGCCCCCCCUCAAACUCCACUGUGUCCCAGCAAAGCCCCACCACAACGUGACAGGACAGGGAAGACAUGACUGACAACAUGUCUAUGUGAGAACAAGAUGAAGUUGCCUGUAUUUGUACUGUACAUAAUAUAGCCGCACUACCAAAAACAAAUAAAGCAUCCUUCUUGUCAUACUGUCCUAUUAUUGAAGACAAAUUCUAAAGAUAGGUGAUCAUUCGACCCGGCCCACCAUCACCCCUCAUCUCAGACCUCUCAGAGACUACUCUUUUAUUUGGCCCUCUGAAUGGUGCAUUGUCUGUGUGUGUGUGUGUGUGCCUCUGUGUGUGUGUGUCUUUGUGUGUCUCUGCAUUCCUACAGUGGGGUGGUUAAUGAAUGGGUUUCAUUAAGGUUCGGACCUUUUCUGUUUUUCUUUCAGUGAUUACUUUGCUGUUUGUGUCAGCAUUUCUGUCCAUCUUUUUUUUUAAUUUUAAUUUUAUUUCCCUUGCCAACCUCUGCACAGCAGUGUGUCACAGUCCAGCAUCUAAAGUCUAGUGCAACAGUAUAUGUACAUAAACAUUAUGUAUAUAUUUGCCAUUUCUGUAGUGUUCAAUACGUUAUUGGGAUAGUCUUGACUCUUUAUCUCUGCAUUCAAUUUGUGGCUGAUGACAAAUGUAAGUUUGUUGCUCAACAUGUAACACUUCAACUGAAAAUAAAUAUUGUACUACCAGACUGAAUGAAA